UAUUUAUCGUCGCCCAGCUGUCUCUUCUACCUCUCUCCGAACUCGCGGACGGAUCGAUGACCCUCCUCCCAUUUGCAGAAAAAUAAGAAUCCGUGUAGCGAACAGUCAUCUAUGAAGGGUCCGCAGGAAGCUUCAUAGAAUGGCGGAGCAGACGAGCGAGGAGAAGAGUAGCGCAGAAGAGGAAGAAGACAAGAAGAAGAAUAUGAGUGAGAUCGUAGAUCCAGAGCUCUUCAGUUGCUUGCUUCAGCCUGUAACCGCAAAUUCUGAUCCCGAGUACAAUGGAACUCGUCGACUCCUUCUCUACCUCAAGGCCGAGUCCGGUGUUUUUCGCCGCAGAGAUUGGAGAUGCAAUGGAAAAGGUUAUGUGGCCUACCGUAAUUACAUUGGCAGGCCAAGGAAUUGGGAAAGUUUGCAGUCACCAAGCGUUCAAGGCACUCCCGGAAACAGUGGCCGAUGGAUUCCUCCUUCAAGUCCACAUUCUUUGUUGUUUGAGGUGGACAGCUGGAGUUCUAGCAGGGACCUGCAAAGUGGCAAUCCAGAUUCAAGUCGCAGAUCAAGUUUUAGUUCAAAUGCAAGUGAUAAUGAUCGCCCACGUCAACGAGGGGCUGAGCUUGCAUAUUCUUUUGUAGGAAUGCAUUGCAUCUUUGAUCAGUGCAAAGCUUCUGUUACAGUUUUGAAGUUUGGGCACAUGAGAUCUGAUCUACUUGCAUAUGGAGCAUCAGAUGGAACCUUGACAGUAUGCACAGUGUCAGGACCACCUUCAAUCAUCAAGGAAUUGAAAGGUCACUCCAAAGAUGUUACAGACUUUGAUUUCUCCUCAAACAAUCAGUACAUCGCGUCAUCGUCGAUGGAUAAAACUGUGAGAGUAUGGGAGAUAGCAAAAGGACUUUGCAUUCGAGUAAUAUAUGGAGUUUCUUCACAAUCAUGUAUUCGUUUUCACCCUGUAAACAACAACUUCCUUUCAGUAGGCAAUUCAAACAAAGAAAUCACUGUAAUUAAUUUCAGCACUGGGAGAGCUAUUAAUAAAACAGUCUUUGACAGUGAGGUUACCUCAAUGGACCAUGAUCACACUGGUCAGCUCAUCUUUUGUGGGGAUGCGCGGGGAUGUAUUUACUCCGUUAGUAUGAACUCUCGCACAGGAGCAUUAUCCCGUUCUCACCGCCAUCGAAGUACCCGAAGGCAAAAAUCCCCCAUUACAACUGUGCAGUACAGAAGUUUCUCCCUACUUGCUCGUGGCCCUGUGCUGCUGACAUGUACUCAAGAUGGAAGCUUAUCUUUUUUCAGCAUCGCUUUGGAAAUACAAGGUUAUUUGACUCUUCGUUGCUCGCUUAAGUUAACUCAACAAAUACAUAGCAUUCGAGCUUCCUUCUGCCCUCUGCUCUCCCUUGAAAAAGGAGAAUACAUAGUUGCUGGAAGUGAGGAUUCGAAUGUAUACUUCUAUGAUUUAACUCGGCCAACGAAUACAUGUGUAAACAAGCUACAGGGUCAUCGCUUUCCAGUUACGUGUGUUGCUUGGAACCAUGGAGAGAACUUGUUGGCCUCAUCUGAUUAUUCUGGCACAGUUAUUGUAUGGAAGAGAUCAAAGACAAGUUAAAAUAAAAAUACAACAUUAUACAGGAAUAGAAAAGUUCUAAACACAUACUCUCGUAAGUCGAAGGCCGGAGCUGGAGCAGGAGAUUAUCUUUUGUUUGGUUGAUGUUUACUAUUCUUUUGUGAAAUCCUUUGUACCAUUUGCAGCUGAUCUCUUAACAUGUGUUGGAUUGUACUAUACUGUUAAUUGUUUCAGUCAGAUCAGGAAACUGAGUGAUUGUCAUUUGAACCAA